UCUGUUGAAUCCGGAGCUCCGCUGGGCCUUGUUUACAUCGCCAUCCCCGGACUAAAGUGUGCGCGAGAGGCGGGGGCGCAGCGGGAGGGAGCGACCCUGGAGACACUAGCUUGGGCAGUUCCUGUGUCACAAUAUCUGAUUUUUUUUUCUCGAGAACUUGUGCAACUUUAUUUAGAUGAGACCUCGCAGUUCAACUCGCCCCACUGCGCGGUAGUACGUGCUGUCAGCGUUACUUCGCUGCCGUAGCCAGCUGCCUGGACGUUAGCCAGAUGGCUAAUCCGGCUAACCUGCCCUGGGAGCGCUUCACGCCGAGCCCGCUUGCCGUUUCGGUGCCGGAGUGCGGCCAAAACCCGCGACGUCCGGCGGCGGCCAAGUGGGCUUCGGCGUUGCUUAACAUUUCCCGCAACCCCUCACUUCCCUCCCCUCAAAGGCGUGUUCUUAAACCCUGCUGAGUCGCUGUGAUACAUUAGCCUAGCGAGAUGUGUGUCACCCACUUUUCUGCCUAUUUUUAGAAGGCAGCGAGCGGAAUGCUCCCAGUCGUCUGUCGCUGCGCUGGCACCGGCCGGCCGGGCGGCUGGCAGGCUUCCCCGCCGAGCCUAGUGCGCGUCCAGGUGGAUAUUUGCAAAGUCACAUUUGAAUCCCGGUGCCAGCACACGGGGCCACGCAGGGCCUCUGUUCGUCACAGGUUCCUUUUCAAAGUUCUGACUUUGUUUAACUUCUGGUGAGGUGACACGUUUCGCCCUCCUUUCGCGUUGGAGGAAACGAUUUAUGUUCAGUGAUAAAAAAAAACUCAAAUUGGUGAACAGGAUACUCGACCAGGGCUUGGAUUUCCACGACAACUCCGGAGAGUUGAAUUUUUCUACAAUCUACGUUGAAAAACGGAAUAUCCCUGCUUUUCCAAACAGAUGGGAGGUCUAGGGAUCUGGACAAUCCUUUGUCCGGCGGCCGUCUUCUUUUUUGUGCCUAAGAUCAUCCUGUAACCAGCUUUCCAAAUGAGUGACGGGGAGUGUGACUUCUUCUGCUUCUUCCGCUGCUGCUGAGUGCGCUCCGUACGCGCCUCAGACCUACAGGAAGGCGGGGUGUGUCUGAGCAGCGCCGCCAGCGGGUGGACAGGGGUGGACCAGGAUAAAGGGAGAGGUGGCGCUUCAAACGAACCAUUUCAGCCAAUCAGACCACUAGGAUCCGACAGGUAGGCGAGCUGUCUACCUGUCUGGGUGACUGAUUAGAUCGACUGGAUGUCUGUGGACAUGAACAGCCAGGCAUCGGACAGCAACGAGGAAGACUUCGGGGUGAACUCUGAAGAGGAGGAUGAGGACGACGCAGGAGAGGAGGAGGACCCAGGAGACAUUGCGGCUUACUACGAGGGUGUAGCCAGCGACGUAGAGCAACAGAGUGCAGACUCCUUUGACCCUGAGGAGUAUCUUUUCACUUGUAUGACCUACAAGGAGAGUCAGAUAAUGCUAUUGGAGCAGGUUAACACUGUGGCUGCUGCACUGAAGGUUUUACCAGCAGUAGCAAAACUGAUCCUGGUGCAUUUUCACUGGCAGGUUUCACAAAUACUGGACAGAUAUAAGUCCAACUCGUCUCUGGUGUUGUCAGACGCUCUGGUCCAGCCGAGCACCACGUGCAGAUCAGUCACUGCCCCUCAGUCCCUCCAGUGUGGCGUGUGUCUACAGGUCGUACGGAGAGACUCCCUGCUGACACUGCCCUGUCAGCACUUCUUCUGCAAAACAUGCUGGGAACAGCACUGCACUGUACUGGUCAAAGAUGGCAUGGGAGUGGGCAUCUCCUGUAUGGCUCAAGACUGUUCCCUGCAAAUACCAGAAGAUGUUAUCCUGCCGCUGCUGCCUGGAGAGGAGCUGAAGGACAAAUAUAGACGCUACCUCUUCAGAGACCAUGUCGAGAGUCACUUCCAAUUGCAGUUGUGUCCAGGUGCAGACUGUCCCAUUGUCAUCAAGGUACAGGAGCCUCGGGCGCGCAGGGUACAGUGUAGCCGCUGCAGUGAAGUCUUCUGUUUUAAAUGUCGUCAGAUGUACCACGCACCCACUGACUGUGCAACAAUCCGUAAGUGGCUGACCAAAUGUGCAGACGACUCGGAGACGGCCAACUACAUCAGCGCACACACUAAAGAUUGUCCUAAGUGCAAUAUCUGCAUUGAAAAGAAUGGAGGAUGCAAUCACAUGCAAUGCUCCAAGUGUAAACAUGAUUUCUGCUGGAUGUGUCUUGGCGACUGGAAGACCCACGGCAGUGAAUACUACGAGUGUAGCCGUUAUAAAGAAAAUCCUGAUAUAGUCAACCAGAGCCAGCAGGCUCAAGCCAGAGAGGCCCUAAAGAAAUACCUCUUCUACUUUGAGAGGUGGGAGAAUCACAACAAGUCGCUGCAGCUGGAGGCUCAGACGUAUCAGAGAAUUCAAGAAAAGAUCCAGGAGAGAGUGAUGAACAACCUGGGAACCUGGAUUGACUGGCAGUACCUGCAUAAUGCUGCAAAGCUACUGGCUAAGUGUCGCUACACACUGCAGUAUACGUACCCUUAUGCCUAUUACAUGGAGUCCGGUCCACGCAAGAAACUGUUUGAGUACCAGCAGGCCCAGCUGGAAGCAGAGAUAGAAAACCUGUCGUGGAAGGUGGAGCGGGCCGACAGCUAUGAGAGAGGAGUGGUGGGAGGCGAGGGGGAGCUUAGCAACAGUGACAGAGGGGAUUUGGAGAACCAGAUGCACAUUGCUGAGCAGAGGAGACGCACGCUACUGAAGGAUUUCCACGACACCUGAGGCUUCACUGCGACCGCCUCUUCUUCCUUCCUUCCUGGUCUACCUACCUUGGCUUUCUUCCAUGAUCACCCUUUGAUGCAGUCAUACUUAUCCCGUCUUUUACCUCUCUCCACUCCCUCGUUUGCUUCCUUCCUUUGGUCGUUCCCUCCCCUCUUCUAUAUUGCUGCAGGGUCACAGAAUGGCACGAUUGUAUCUGCCCUUCCUCUUCUCAUCUUUCACCUCAUUUACAUAUCUUGGAUUUAUAGCAUCACAUGCACUGUGGUUACACAUGUUCCAGUAUUUUAGACACAACAAUGAAGGGUGAAUUUUGAGCUCAUGCUAAUGCGAACAGAGUCACGACUGUUAUUUUCCAGCUUCAUUUCUGUGAUUGUGGGAGAGAAAAGCUGUACUGAAGAUGGAGAAGCUUUGGUUGAGCAGUGGUAAAAGCAUCUUUUUUGUGUGGAUCUGUAUUUAGUGGUUUCUACGUGGACCUUAAUGACCAGCAGGCACUUGUUGGUAGUAUUUGGUUACCAUAGCACCUAACUGAUUUGUUUAAACACAUGUAUAGUUUUCCACACCUACUCAUUUAGGCUUCCUUUCCACAGCUGCUAAAGGCUUAUAGAAAUAAUUGAAGUUGUAGCCUGUCACUGUCACAACCAGGACAGUUAGGACUUGAAAAGCCAAUGAACAAUUCUUUGUGGAGGUGUUUGAUGUGAGUGUGGUGUGUUUGGUGUGGAAACCUGCAGACCUUAUAGUCCCAUACUCCUCUUAAAAACAGUAUUUUCCUAAAUAUGAUGCAUGAUCAUUUACUGCUUAAAGAAUAGAAUGACUGUUUAUUUAGUUGACUACAUUUUUACAUUUUGUUGCUGGUGUUUCACCAAAAGCAAACCUUUCACAUUCUUUUUUUUAAAUCAUGCCAACCUAGGAGCCUCUACUACCAUCAAAGGGAUGCUAGUCAUGAGGUGUAAAGUAGGUCUACUGGAUAACUGUCACAUUUCUGUCUCUCGGUUUGUGCUCAGCUAGUUCAGAUACAACUAAGUGUCAGCCACCUCCAUAUAAUUGUCCCCACCACUGAUCAGAUGGGAGGAAAAGGUUGUUUUGAAGAAGCAAGUGUAACCUCAGUGAUUCAUGCUACACCACCCACUGACAUGGCAUGCACAGCGACACUCAUACUCAAAACACUCCUCUGCAGAAAAUAAACAUUAACUGUUAAUUUGUCUCCUUUCCCUAUCUCAUUCAUUGCAUUCAUCCCCUCACUUUAUUUUGUUCCUCAUUACCUUUUGAUCCUGCUCACAUUGUUCACUUUUCUCCUGGAAAAUGGCUGUUGAUCGUUUAAAAAAAAAAAAAAGAAAACAGAAAAAAAAAAUGCUGUAAUUUUCAACGGUUGUACAUUAAUACAGAAAUAGAGUUACUGAAGAGUUUUUAAACCCGGA